UGAACACACUGUUCUCUCCGCUUUGCGCAUGUCAGUUUGCUUUUAGGAUAAACAAGAACUGCAUGACCUGAAACUACUGUGUGGGAAAACAUUCGAAUCGCAUUCAGCCUAUUACCAGGCGUGAGCAUGGGGAAGUCUAUGUCCCACCUGUCCAAGGGUUCCCAUGACGACUGCCAGGACAGCCUGACGUCAUCGUGCCCAGACCUAGGGGAUGAUGGGAAGCCUGGCGGAGACGUGUCGCAGUUCCCCUACGUGGAAUUCACCGGAAGAGACAGCGUCACCUGCCCCACCUGCCAGGGCACCGGCAGGAUCCCUCGAGGUCAGGAGAACCAGUUGGUGGCUCUGAUUCCCUACAGUGACCAGAGACUGAGGCCGAGGCGCAGUAAGCUCUACGUGACGGCCUCGGUGGUGGUGUGUCUGCUGAUCUCCAGCCUGGCGGUGUUCUUCCUGUUCCCGCGCUCCAUCGACGUCUCCUACGUCGGGGUCAAGUCCGUCUACGUCACCUACGACCAGAGCAAGCGCAUCGUCUAUCUCAACGUCACUAACACGCUAAACAUCACCAACAACAAUUACUACUCUGUGGAGGUGGCAAACAUCACGGCACAGGUGCAGUUCUCCAAGACGGUGAUCGGCAAGUCUCGCAUCAGCAACAUCACCACCAUUGGACCUCUGGACAUGAAACAGAUUGAUUACACCGUGCCAACCACUAUAGCGGAUGAGAUGAGCUACAUGUAUGACUAUUGCACCCUGCAGACCAUUAAGGUGCACAACAUCGUGGUUAUGAUGCAGGUGAUGGUGACCCGCGGUUUGUGCCGACCCGCGCCUGAGCAGGUCUCCCAGGAGAUGUACCAGUGGGACUCUUGUUGGCCUCACACCACCUCACUCCACACACACUCUGUGGCCAACAUGCUGCCCCCCAUGGCGUAA